ACAUAACCUCGUGGUAAUUUUGAUAAACAAACUCGCGUGUUCUCUGAAAACUCUCGAGUUUUUCUUCGGAAAAUCACAGUGUAAAGUUCGUGAUAUUGUGGAAAAUGGGAAGAAAAAUUCCUGCGAAGCGUCAUCGAGGUGUUCGUGAUCCAAUAAAGCAAAAUCGCGAGAGAUUUAACAAGAUUAAGCACAAAAUCGAUAAUCCACCGCAAAAUAUUAAUGAACAACCCGUAUCCCGGUCAACAGCACAAUUCAUCAAGCUGAAGAAUGAGGCGAAAGCUGGAACUUUUCGGCCAAAUAGUGGAAUUGAGGAUGUGCCAAGAGCAGUGAAGAGGAAAAACAAAACAGAGCAGCCUCGUGUGUACAAGGAUGUGCCGGAACAUAAGCCCUUCAGGGGCGAAACUGCUCGGGACUUCUUGCGACGCGUUAACAGAGCCACGCAGAAGGGACUGAAAGAAGCGCAAUACUCGGCAAAGUACAAUGUGGACAUCAUCCGGAAGGAUAAUGGAGAAGUGCAGGUGACAAAAAGACAAGUGGACGCCAAGGGAGCUCCAACGCAGAAUAAGAUGGUGAAGUUCAACGCCAAGAAGAAGAUGAAGAAGGAGAAAAAGGAGUCGCAGAAGAGGGAGGAACAGGAGUCGGAUAAUCGUAUUUUCAAGAAGGAUGUUGUCGAGUUUGGGGAAGUUUGCCAUCGUCCGCCGGAACUCAGGGUAAUCCGCAAAGUUGAUAAGAGUGAUGGGGCGAUUGCACGGCCAGGAAGGAAGAAUCUGCUGCUCAAUUCACUUCUAAAGUAGUUGGAGAAAGAAAACGAGGUAAACACAUUUCAGAAUUACGUCAUCCUUUACUUUCAAUUUUCAGGGUUUCUACAUUGUUUUUUUCCAUCUGAAUUGUCUAUUAAAUUAAAUAUAUCUCUUCUCUUUUCAUGUCUAUAUUAUCAAAUAAAAAUAUAUGACUUGUAUGAUAAAUAG